UUAUACUCUGCUUAAAUCGAUACAAGCCGUCCAAUCGAUUGUAUCGUAUUAACAAGCUAUACAAAACGAGUUACUUAUAUUGAAUGCAACACUGUCAUGCUGAAUAACGUUAUUUUUAUGAGUAAAGCGCAUCCGCACACGAGUAACAGAAAAGUUGUGUCUCAUUUCCCGUCGUAUUUCGUUAAUCAGUUUAUUGUAAACACGAAUUCUGUCACUGGCAAGUAGUGAUAAACUUAUUGAGAAAUAAUAACUAAGUGAGAAACUUAACUUUUUGAAACUCCCAUUCAAGAUUAAGUGACACUUGCUGGUUAAAACGGAGUAAAUGCAACAAGAACACAAACAUUUGUAAUGACAACUUUAAUUAACCAAUAGCAAAUGUUUAGAUAAAAGUGUAAUCGAUUAAAUAUAAUCUAAAAGCAAAUAAGUAGCAAAUAUAAAUCGUAAAUAAGUACGAAGUGUAUUUAUGACUCCCUUACCAGUGCGCUGACUACUGAACUAGGGAGGAUUUAUUUUUCUUUCUGUUAAUUAUUCUCAUCUUAAACAUGACAAUUUGUCCAAACAGAAAACUCCUGGUGAAGCAGCUGAGAUCCACGUAACACACUUUUAUAAAGAUGGCGUUUAUUAAAGAGGAGAGUGAAGAAAUGAGGAUUGAAGAAACGUUCAGUGUGAACCAAGAAGAAAAUGAGACACAAACAGACCUAAUGCCACUGAAAGAGGAGAGUGAAGAACUGAAUGAAAUAGAAGACAAAAGUUGGUACAAGAAAAAUCAGUAUGAGAAAUAUAAUUUUUGCACAACUAGAAAAAAAUCCACAAAGACUUCCUCACAAGAAAAAAGAGGUCAGAAGACCAAAUCUAACAGCCAUUUCAGCUGCGAACAGUGUGGAAAGAGUUUCAGUAUAAGACAAAAUCUUGAAGUCCACAUGAGAGUUCACACUGGAGAGAAGCCUUUCACCUGCCAACAGUGUGGAAAAAGUUUCAGCCAAAAAACAAACCUUAAUACCCACAUAAGGCUACACACUGGAGAGAUCCCUUACUCCUGCCGACAGUGUGGAAAAGGUUUCACUAAAAAACAAAACCUUGUAGUCCACAUGCAUAUUCACAAUGUAGAGAACCCUUACACCUGCCAACAGUGUGGAAGCAGUUUCAAUCAAAAAGGAAACCUUAAAGUCCACAUGAGAAUUCACACUGGAGAAAAGCCUUACACCUGCCCUCAGUGUGGACAGAGUUUCACACAUAAAAACACCCUUACAUCCCACAUGAGAAGUCACACAGGAGAAAAGCCGUUCAAAUGUGAUCGGUGUGAAAAGAGCUUCACAACAGAACUAAACCUUAGGUAUCACAUGAAUCGUCACACUGGAGCAAAGCCGUUCGUAUGUGCUGACUGUGGAAAGAGUUUCACUCGCAAGGUAAGCCUUAAUUUCCACAUGACGAUUCACUCAGGAGAGAACAGUUGUAAAUGCGAUCAAUGUGGAAAGAGUUUCAAUCAUAAAACCAGCCUCCGCCUUCACACAAAAAGUCUUCACAUUGAAGGGACGCCUCACACCUGCGAACUGUGCGGUAAGAACUUCUCACAAAAAGGAAAUCUUAAAGCUCACAUGAGACUUCACACUGGAGAGAAGCCUUUUACAUGUCUAAAGUGUGACAUGAGUUUCACAUAUCGGAGAGACCUGAAACGACAUUUGCAAACACAUUCAUGAAAAAUUGUAGAGUUUGAAAGAGGUUGAAAAGGAACAAUUUAAACCAUCACCUGCACAUCUGCUCUGGAGUGCAGUAAACAGCAGAGAAGACUUCACCACUGGUCCCCACUUUACAACAGUUUGGACUCUGUCCCCCAGUUUCACAAACAAGGCUCAAGCCUAAUCUCAGACUAAACUGCAUGUUUGAGCUGUUUUAACUGAAAGUAACUUGUACUGACAUAUCUUAAAAUAUGUCCGUGUCAUUGUUUUGUCUCAAGAUGCACACCAGUAAGUUGUUGUUUUUUUUCCUUCUAGUAAACUUUUAUAAAAGCUACUUAAAUGCCCUAAUUGAACUAAGGCCUAAUCCUAGCUUAGGGUAAGCCCUGUCUGUGAAACCAGGCCUUAUGGGUUCAGGACACUGCCCUAAUGAUUUUUAAAGAGGUUUGGAAAUAAAAUAAUGCAUAUCUAAAAUUCUAAAGACACUGUUUGUUUUAACCCUUGUGCGGUCUGCGUUUGGGAAGUACACUCAGGGUCUUCGGGGUCUCCACAGACCCCAGGCAACAAAAUGCAAUUUUGUAACAAAAU